UCACACUCUUUAUUUGCUGCACGCGCACAGAAUUUUCCGCUCCCAAGAAAAUCUUCAUUGGUAUUUUCUAAGGCCUUGUACGAUCAUUCUUUGGACUGUCAUACUGGAACCUUCCUCAGGUGCUGCACAGACUUAAAAAGGUAAAUCAUGAUGAGAAUUUCCCUGUCUAUGUGCAAACAAACAGUGGUUUUACCGGACAGAGCUUCUGGGAUGCUGAAUUUGGUGGACUUCUUUAGUCCUAGGCGACAAAAAGAGAAGGUUGUGAUCCUACUGGGAGCAACAGGAACCGGCAAGUCAAGACUCUCCAUUGACCUUGCAACCCGAUUUCCAGCAGAAGUUAUCAACUCAGAUAAAAUACAAGCACACGAGGGACUUGACAUAGCCACCAACAAAAUCACCGAGGACGAGCGGUGCGGAAUUCCACACCAUUUGCUAGGUGUAAUAAAUCCCAAUACAGAUUUUACAGCAACAAAUUUUGUUGACAUGGCUACACAUGCCAUGGAUUCAAUUUUGUCCCGCAGCCAGCUUCCAGUUAUAGCUGGAGGCUCCAAUUCAUACAUUGAGGCCUUAGUUGAUGACAAAGACUAUAGAUUCCGAUCAAAAUAUGAAUGUUGUUUCCUUUGGGUGGAUGUAGCAAUGCCAGUGCUCCAUCAUUAUGUAUCAGAGCGAGUAGAUAAGAUGGUUGAAAAUGGAAUGGUGGAUGAGGUGAGGAAGUAUUUCGAUUCCAACGCAAAUUAUACACGGGGGAUUAGGAAAGCCAUUGGAGUUCCUGAAUUUGAUCGCUACUUUAGAGCUGAACCACUUUUGGACAAACAAGGCCGUGCUAAGCUGCUGCAAGAAGCAAUACAAGAAAUCAAAAGGAAUACGUGCAAAUUGGCUUGUCGCCAACUGGAGAAGAUCCACCGGCUGAGGAAUAAGAAGAAUUGGAAGAUACACAGGCUUGAUGCCACUGAAGUUUUUCUCAGGCGUGGCAAAGAAGCGGAUGAGGCAUGGGAAGAGUUUGUAGCUGGUCCAAGUACGGAGAUGGUGGCAGAAUUUCUAUACAAUGUCCGCUCUGAGGCUCUGGUCACUAAAGCUGCCCGUAGAGAAUACAUUGCUCAGUGCCUUGUGGCCUAAUGCUGUAAAAUCGUAUCUGACCCAGGAAUAACUAGUGAAGUGAUACAUUUCAGUGUUAAAAUAAUGGAGAUAUGCUACUUAAUGGAAGUCACUUUGGAAUUUCAUGGCCCCUUCCAUUUAAUGAUGUGAAAGCAUUUUUUCCUUUUUU